GUAUGUGACGUGAAUGUCAUCAUCAAGUUUUGACAACAAAUAAUUUUUUUCGUAUGAAAGAAAAAGUUCCAUUGUCAUUGUUUGUUUACUUUGAAAAAUAGUAUUUUCAAUUGAAAUUUUCGCGUUCAUCUGAAAAUUUCCACACAUUUCACACUAUGACAACACAAUUUAGCGAAGAUUUUAACAAUUUAGCGAAGAUUUGUCGUUGUUGCUUAUGUAAAAAUGGUGAAAUGCGCCCAUUGUUCGGAAGCUGCCUCGACAAUAUGCUAUCCUUCGUUGCUGAUAUCGACGUACACGCCAAUGAUGGAUUGCCGAAAUUGAUGUGUGUGCCGUGUGUAUUGCAAGUGAGUCGAGCAUUUACGUUCAAACAACAAUGUCGACGGUCAGAUCAAUCUUUGAAAUCUUUUCUGGGCAAAUUACCACCUGCAUCAGACAAUAAUCACAUCGAAGAUGGUUCGACAAGUCUUAGAGCGAAUAAUGUUAUGCAACCUAAAGUUGAGAACGUCGUCGUACAAGUAGCUGCUUUGGAGGAUGGUAUGAAGGAGCAUACAUUUCAGCUCCAGUCCAAUGAGACUGAGACAGAUAAUUUGGAUGCAGAACUAGUUUUGGACGUCCUAACGUCAGAAAUCGAAACGAGCUCAUUUGAGGAGGAAAUCGAAUUGUCUAGUUUGCCCAGUGAAACACAAUUCUCACCAGUCGCCUCUGAAAAUAUUCAACAACAAUUGGCGGUUGAUGGUGUCUUGUUGAAUGAUGUCCAAGGAACGAAAAAAGAAAAUCUUCCUCAAAAGUCGUUCGGAGUCUAUUUCGAUGAAAUAAAAUUGGAUGUUGCACAAGUAUCCCUGACCGAUGAAACAUUCGACGAUAUUCCAGCCGAUGAAAGUGAUGUAGACGAAAAAAAGAUGUCAACAGAUGAGUUCAUCUGUGACAUUUUGUCGGAUGACAAGUUGAAAACAGGAAUUCGAUCUAGUUUCAAAUGUACCAACUGUGACUUACACUUCGAAACAGAGGAAAAACUGGACACGCACAUGCAAUCUUCACACACUACUGACACAAACACAUCCGAUGAAGCAAAAGAUGCGAAUAAAAAUGAAACAAAGAAUUCGUUCGAGUGCCCCGAUUGCCAUAAAGUGUUCGCUGAGAAGAAGAUUUUAAAACGCCAUUUGAAAAUUCACAGUCCAAUCAAACCGCAUACUUGUCCACAUUCUGAGUGUGGUAUGUCAUUCGCCGAAAGCAGCAAUCUUUCGAAACACAUGAAAAAGCACACUGGUGAACUGCGUAACGUAAUCGGCAAGCCCAAUCUUUGCCAAGUGUGUGGAAAAGGAUUUAAAUGGGCGAGCUCCCUGAGCAAGCAUAUGAAACACCAUACACGGCACAAAAUCCUAAAUUGUCCAUAUUGUCCAAAGUACUACGUAGAAGCCAGAUCUCUGAAUAUACACAUGCGUUACCACACGGGGGAAAAGCCAUUCGUUUGCGAGGUGUGCAAAAAAGGAUUUACGCAAAUGGGCAAUUUGGAAAAACAUAUUCGAAUUCAUACCGGCGAGAAACCAUUUAAGUGCCCAAUUUGUUCCAAAGGUUUUUCCCAAAGUGGUUAUGUGGCGAUCCAUUUAAGAACUCACACAGGCGAGAAACCGUACCGCUGUGAUGUAGAAAACUGUGGAAGGGCAUUUGCGGGAUCGAAUACGCUUGCGAUACACAAGAGAACCCAUAGUGGAGAACGGCCUUAUCCUUGUUCUCACUCUUCGUGUGAUAAAACUUUCGCUCGACAAGAAACGGCCAACAUUCACCAACGAACUCAUACAGGAGAAAAGCCAUAUCGAUGCGAGAUCUGUCAUCGUGGUUUCACUAGUUCGGGUCAUUUAACUGGUCAUAUACGUUCACACAGUGGAACGAAGACCCAUGAAUGCAAAUGUUGUAAAAAACGAUUCGCUGGAAGUAGCAGCCUCAAAGUUCAUAUGAAAUCACACUCAUUUUCCUCAGAAAAGGCUUCGCAGCAGCAGCAGCAGCAGCAAGAACAACAGCCACAGCCGUCUCAACAGCAGAUCUUUGAUACCAAGACAACAGUAUUUGAGUGCAAUAUGUGUAAAAUGAACAUUCCGUCAUCGGCUCUUUCGUCCACGGAAGAACUACCCUAUAAUCACGAACUUAUCGAUGAUGUGCUAAUUUGUUCAAAUGUGGCUUCAAUUAUUGAUAAUGGUAAAAUUAUCGAAGGUAUUCACGAUGAAAACGGAACAAACAUCAUACUGACGACAACGACCCAUAUCGAAAAUGGCCAACAAUUGUUAAUUAAUCUAUCCGAUUUAAAAUAGGAACAUGGUCACUAAUGGGGUUAUUGUAAAAUAUUUUGGAUGUGGGUAGAUUUCAAAUGUUGAUUUUGUAAUUCUUUCAAAGUUUUUAUUUACACAAACUAGACAAUAUACUGUAACAAUUCAAACUUAGAGAUUAUUAAGGAUGGUUAAACUGCGCUAAAAUCCUCUGACGAUGGAAUUCGUCACGCAACUCUUCGCUUUUCUUCCUAAAUUGUUCAGAUUUCUCCAAGUCCUUUUCAGUGCCGUCACCAAGCGCAUACAUUCGGGAUAAAUUUGCACAUGCAUAAAAAUUCUUCAGCUCGCAUGCUUUGGUCGACAAUGCAAAUGCUUUUUUCAUAUCUUUUUCGACUACAAAUGCAUUUGCUGGUUUUUCGGGUGUUGUUGUAUUGCUUAACGAUUUUAAACUGUCUGCACCAGACAUCGAACCUGUCAUAAACAUACCGGAUAAGUAAAAACAAGCGUUUGCAUUCUCCAUUUCACAGCUUUUGGUCAGAUAAUUCAUGCCCUAAAAUCGAAACAUCAAUAAAACUUUUGUAAUUUCAAAAUUUACAUCAA